AAAAAAAAAAAAAAAAAAAAGGAAUGGAAUUCGUCUACUUUAUAAAAGAACCAAUUUUUUUUUCAUUCAUUUCAUUUCUUUAUUAGAAAAAACAAAAAAAAGAUGGUAUCCUCUAGUUUGAUCUUGAUUCUUUGCGUUUUCUUAUUUCAAGUGUAUGGUUUUCCUGUUCGCCGUAGUGCCUCCAUCCAUUUACAAUCAUCUACUGAUUUCUGUUUCUUUUUGCCUCCUCAUCCUGGAGACGAUGUGGGUGCUACUGAAGAUCAAGGCAUUCCUUUUUGUUCCAAUACAACCACCAAUGCUUUCCCUCAAGGUCUGAUUGUGUCUUCUCAUUUCGAAAGUCAAGAUGCUUAUGUUCAAGUCACUGGUCGACUCAAUCCAGAUGCCUAUCAACUCAGUCAUACUGAUGGAGGUGGUCAAUAUGAUAACAAGGAUAUCAGUGAUGUGACAUGUAAUGGAUAUGAUUAUUUUGUCAACAUGUUGGAACCUGAUAAUGGUCAAUAUUGUAUUCGAUGUUGUGAAUCACAAUCUGAUUGUAAUUUGGGAGAAAGUACAAAAGGAUGUGAAGCCAUUGUACCUGGUGAUUAUAGUUAAAUCAAGAAGAAAAGAAAAAAAUAGAAGAUCAUCUACCCUAGUCUUUGAAUCAUACAUUUCCUUUCUUUAUUAUUAUUAUUAUUGCUUUUUUCUUUUUUGUAUAUUAAUUUCUGUCAUCUAUAUUUUCUGCUUUGCCAUUUUUGGUCGGCGACUUGCCAAAUAAAGUAUUCACACUAAAAAAAAAAAAA